AAAUUCCUUGCUUGACGCGAAGCUCGGCCCCUUUGACCCUUCACCCACUUUGAGGAGCCAAUGGCAAGGCGCGUCUCUCGUACGUAACGGGUUAAAGGUCAGAACACUGCAGACAUGGUCAUCAUGUAAAUACAAUAGCGAACUGACAAGACCUGAAGAUAUGAGGCUGCUGUCCAAACCAGCACUGCAGGCCGUUCUCUCCUCACAGAAAACUCUGUCACACGAGGGCAGCAGACCGUUCUGGGGAUGGCUCAAUGCGGUCUUCAACAAAGUUGACUAUGAGCGUAUCAAGGCGGUGGGCCCAGACCGUGCUGCUGCAGAGUGGCUGACAAGGUGCGGUGCCAAGGUGAGGUUCCAGGGGUUCGACCGUUGGCAACACGACUACAACGGCCUGCCCACCGGCCCUCUGGGACGAUACAAGAUCCAGGGCAUCGACGCCACAGACUCCUGCAUCAUGUACAAAGGCUUCGAUCACCUGGAUGGACUAGAGCAUGUCGAAGAGCUCAAACUCAACAAGAGUAUGUACAUAGAGGAUGCCUGCUUGGAGAGAAUAAGCACCAUAGAGAACCUACAGGCCAGCCUGUACAAGAUGGAGGUGGUCUCCUGUGGCAACGUAACUGACAAGGGUGUCAUCGCCCUGCAUAAACUCAGGAGUCUAGAGCAUCUGUACCUCAGCGAUCUGCCAGGCGUGGUAGAGAAGGAGAAGACCGUAGAGAGACUCCAGACAGCUCUACCUGGGCUGGACAUAGAGCUGGACCUGGUCUGACAACCACAGGCUGUGACUGACAGACACGGAGGACCAGUCCGGCACAGUGGGUAGUGUCAUGACGACCAGAAGAUGCACGUUGUCUUUGUAGCAACACAUUCAUUGUAGCACAUAGUAAAGUGUUUUGCAACGGAAAUUUGACUCAA